UAUAACUAGUGAAUUACCAGCAAGUCCUUUAGAAAUUCAUGUGGAUGAUACAGAGAUUUUUCAACUUAAAGCAAUUUCGUUAAAUUUCUUAAAAAAUACUUCUGAAAUAAUUGAUAAACAUACCCCGAAACUUGAUCCUUGCCACUUCUGCGAUAAAGAAAUUCUUGUCUUACCAUUUCUUUCAUUCACAGAGGAACUUGCAUUAGCUUUUGAAGACAAAGAUUCUCUUGCAGGUCAGGAGGAAAAGAGAACUGAAGUUACUAUACAUGAUCAAGUGACAAGUCUAAUUGCGUAUGUGAAAGAGAUACCAGAGCUAUCAGAUAUCAUCAAUAAUGCUAAAAAUGAUGAUGAUGAUGGGAAUAACAAUUAUAAUUCACAAAUAAGAUAG